UGGCUAAAUGCACAGGGUAGAAGAAAUUAAUUAUAUAAAAAACAAAAAAUAAAUAAAAUAAAAUAACCAAUGGGAAAAGUUGUAUCAAAAACCUGCAAAGAUAUGCACAGAAUGCUAUUGAAAUAAUUGGAAUAUUAUGAAUUGUGUAAAAUUAGGAAGACUAUUUUAUUUUAUUGAAAUCUCAACUUCUGUUAGCCAAAUUAAUGGCAUGAUUCUUCUAUUGUGCCCUUUCUACUUAUGAAAUCUUGCCUCAUACUGGUGAGGCUUCUCAGUGUGGCUGUCAGCACUUUAUUUAAUUACAUGAUACAAUAGAGAUCCUAUUAACAAUGUAAUGAGCAAGGAACCGAUGUGUCUAAUCAGUUUGAACUACAAUUGAAUACUUUAAUGAGUUAAACAUUUAUGCUGAACCAUUUUAGAGUUGGUAUUAUGGAUUUUUUUUUUUCCAAUAAUGAUUUUAGUAUUAUCACUUGGGUUUGAAAGUUGUUUGGUGUUUGUUAUUGGUUUUCAGGAAGCUGUCAAAGAAGUGAUUGAGAGGGUCCUGCUAUGGGAAAAGGUUAUUGAUCAGUACUGUCGACCUGAUAGGAUUACAGCAAAGAAACAGCAAGAGGAGCUAGAAAAAGUUGCCAAAAACAUUCCUAACAGUGCGCCUGCUUCUGUGAAGCAAUUUGCCAAUCGUUCAGUUCUUUCCCUGCAGAGCAACCCUGGUUGAGGAUUUGACAAGAAAUUCCAAUUCAUGGAUAAGCUUGCACGGGAGGUCCCUCAACAAUACAGUUGAAGUUGGAAGGCUUGUUUCUGAUGAUGAUGUUGUCAUUACUGAGAUCCAUCUUUAUCUGGAAUCGAUAUAUGUUGAUUCAAUCUUCCUUAGAAAAAUAAUCUGAUAUGCAAAAUGUUUUUCAAAAAAUUUUGGAGCUAUGUGCUAUAAUUGACUGUUGGAAAUAAACUCCUUAAGCAGGUCUUUUGCUUUUCUUUGCAACAAUACUUCAUUCGAAAACAAUCAUAUGUAUGGUAUAUUGUAUGGGGAUCAGCGAACAGUAAUCACUAGAAUACAAGCAAGAUGUUAAG